AUGGAUGAUAUUCCCACUAUUUCUAGAGAGAUAACAAGCCCUGUCUUACCCAUAUUUAAUGAUUGUACAGGUGGUAUAUUGAUUCCUCAUCAAAUAACAAGCCCUGUCUUACCCAUAUUUAAUGAUUGUACAGGUGGUAUAUUGAUUCCUCAUCAAAUAACAAGCCCUGUCUUACCCAUAUUUAAUGAUUGUACAGGUGGUAUAUUGAUUCCUCAUCAAAUAACAAGCCCUGUCUUACCCAUAUUUAAUGAUUGUACAGGUGGUAUAUUGAUUCCUCAUCAAAUAACAAGCCCUGUCUUACCCAUAUUUAAUGAUUGUACAGGUGGUAUAUUGAUUCCUCAUCAAAUAACAAGCCAUGUCCUAACCUCAGUUAAUGAUUGUACAGGUGGUGAUUUAUCCUUCAUUAAUAAAAGAAAAAGAUGGCAGAUCAAUCAAAAAAAGAAACGCACUAGGGAUAGCGAGGCCCUACAAAAUCUACUAACAACUCAAAAUAAAAAUACAUCUAUUUUAGCUUCUGAUAAUGGCCCAACUAUUUCUAGGGAGUUGAACCUAAUAUUGACUCCUCUUCAGAUAACAAGCCCUGUCUUACCCAUAUUUAAUGAUUGUACAGGUGGUAUAUUGACUCCUCAUCAAAUAACAAGCCAUGCCCUAACCUCAGUUAAUGAUUGUACAGGUGGUGAUUUAUCCAUCAUUAAUAAAAGAAAAAGAUGGCAGAUCAAUCAAAAAAAGAAACGCACUAGGGAUAGCGAGUCCCUACAAAAUCUACUAACAACUCAAAAUAAGAAUACAUCUAUUUUAGCUUCUGAUAAUGUCCCCACUAUUUCUAGGGAGUUGAACCUUAUAUUGACUCCUUUUCAGAUAACAAACCCUUCUUUAUUUCCUCCUUAUAAUUGUUUAAAUAAUGAUAUAUCUACCAUUAAUAAUCAACAAAUACAAAAUAAAUGUUCAGAAAAACACGAUAGUCUUGACAAGUCCCCAACUAGACAAAUUUUAUUUUUUGAUGAUAGCCUCCCAACUACUAGAGAUUUGCAUAUAUUGACCCCUUUACAGGUUAACCCAAACUUAAUCCCUCACGCUACAAAACAUGAUAUUUCUAUUAAAGAUAAGCAAAGAAAAAAAUGGCGACUCAACAAACGCCUUACCCGUUCUAGAAUUACAGGUAUGCAGGAUAAUAAGGACCUACGCCUGAUAUUAACUCCCUUGCAGAUACCGUCAACUGAUAUUUCUAUAACCACUACCACAUUCCCUAUGGCACCUCUACCAUGUAUAUUUCGACAUAUAUUUGAUGACCACCACUCACCUAUAUUAGAUAUCGGAAAUAUGACAGAAAUAUGCGCCUUCUGCAAUGCUAAAAUGUGGAAUGGAGAAAAAUUAUCAAAAAGCUCAUGUAGAAAUAUUCAGUUUUCUACAUGUUGUUUGAAUGGGAAGGUAUUUUUAUCUAAAAUUUCCCAAUUACCACCAAAUUUAUUACGUUUAUUUACCGGGAAUCAUUGUUCAUCAUCCCACUUUUUAACAAACAUAAGAGCUUAUAAUUCCGCACUGUCAUUCACUUCACUAGGAGUUAAUAUAAAUAAUAAUUUAUCCAAUUCGCGAUCAGGUAAUUAUACCUUUCAAAUUAAUGGACAGGUUCAUCAUCGCAUUGGUUCACUCCUACCAACAUUAGGGGAAACUCCUAAAUUUGCCCAAUUAUAUAUACAUGAUAGUAUAAAUGAGAUAGAAAACAGACAUAACCAGGUUCCGUUUUUAGAUCGUUGUCUUUUAAUGGAAUUGCAGGAUAUUGUUCACACCUACAACCCCUUUGCUUCUCAAUUUUUGAGAGUAUCUUCUAUGAUCGCUACUGGCGUUCCUAACAUAUCCUUAAACUUAAAAUCUACUCCAAGUUUUGACGUACGUUAUCGCAAUAAACCUACCUCAUCUGAAAUAGCAGUAUUAUUACCUGGUGAUGGCAGUGAUCAUGUAGCCCAUAGAGAUAUUAUCUUAAAAACUCUAUCUGGUCCUUUAAGACGUAUUAAUGAGCUCCAUUCCUCAUACGAUCCCUUGCAAUAUGUUCUUCUAUUUCCCAGAGGCGAUAUUGGAUACCAUCCAUCCAUUCAUUAUAGAAACUCAACUAAUAAAUAUGUUACCUGCAGAGAUUAUGCCAAACAGGAAACGCUUCGAUUAAAUUUUAUACGUAAUAAUCAAUCCAAAUUACGCGCCGAACUCUAUCAAGGCAUACAUGAUGCUAUUUUAGAGGGAGAUACUAAUGCUGACAAUCUUGGUAGAAGAAUAAUUUUGCCUUCUUCUUUUACCGGUGGCCCAAGGCAUAUGCAUCAGCUUUAUCAGGGCGCAAUGGCUAUUGUACGCUGCUUUGGUAAACCAUCAUUAUUCAUUACUUUCACCUGCAACCCUAAAUGGGAUGAAAUAAUGCGUGAAUUAUUUCCUCAUCAGACCCCAAACGACCCCCCAGAUUUAGUUUGUCGCGUUUUUCGUCAAAAAUUAAAAUGUCUAAAAAAGGAUUUGCUCUAUUAUCAUGUUCUUGGCAAAGUAAUCGCUUAUAUAGAUGUCAUAGAAUUCCAGAAAAGAGGUUUGCCUCAUUGUCAUAUGUGCCUUAUACUAGAUAAAACUCAUAGGCUACCAACGGCUGAUACUUAUGAUGAUGUAGUUUGUUCUGAAAUUCCUAACAAAAUAACUGAGCCUAAGCUGUUUCAAAUUAUUAGCAAUUUUAAUACACAUGGGCCAUGUGGUAUAACAUUUCCUAAUAGUCCCUGCAUGAUUGAUGGAAAAUGCUCAAAAAAAUAUCCUAAAUCAUUUGUGGAUACCUCUUCUAUCGAUAAGUAUGAAAUUUGUUCAUCUGUCCAGUCCAUAAAAUACCUUUAUAAGUUUUGUUACAAAGGCCAUGACAGAACUACUGCUUCCGUUUCCAUUAAUAAUGUUGAUGAAACUUCCCAGUUCAUUGAUGCUCGAUAUAUAUCCGCCAUAGAAUCGCUAUGGCGUACUUUAGAUUUUGAAAUGCAGGAUCAUUCUCCUGCAGUCUAUCGUUUAGACCUUCAUCUACCCAAUCAACAUAUAAUCCUUUUUCAAUCAAAUACUGAUAUAAAUAAUAUCUUAACUAAAAAUCCUGGUACAAAAUUAACCGAAUGGUUUAAAAUUAAUCAACUUGACACAGAUGCCAGACAUUAUAUUUAUGCAGAUUUUGUAAGAUAUUAUGUGUGGAAACCUCUAUCUAAACAGUGGUUAAAACGAAAAAGGGGUGGUAAUAAAGUUAUAGGCCGUAUACGCACAGUUUCUCCUAAAGAGGGUGAGGUUUUUUAUUUAAGACUAUUACUUAAUUAUGUUACUGGGCCUACAUGCUUUGAAGAUCUACGCUCUUUUAAUGGAAUUAUCAGUAACACUUUUAAAGAUGCAUGUAUUCGACGUGGUCUGCUAUCAGAUGAUGCGGAAUGGAACCAUUGUUUAGAGGAAGGUCUUUCAUUUAAGAUGCCAUAUCAAUUGCGCCAGUUAUUUUCUGUUAUUUUAUUACAUUGUGAGCCGAGAGAUCCUCUAGGUCUUUGGAAUUCUUUUAAAUUUUAUCUUUGUGAAGAUUUUUCCAAGAAAAUAUCACCAGAGCCGGAUAACCUUAUCACCGAAAAUCUCGCGCUAUGCCACAUCAAUCAAAUUUUGAUUCAAAAUGGUAAAUCUCUUAAGGAUUUUUUGGGAAUGCCUAUCCCUUUAUUAUCCACCCAAUCUCCAUCUGCUACAGCUAAUAUUAGGUGUCACCUUAUUCGGGAGGAAAUUUCCUACGAUACUGAUGAUAUGUAUAAAAAAUAUUUGGCUAACUACAAUUUAUUUAAUCGGGAUCAAAAUAUUAUCUAUGCCAAAAUUAUGUCCUUGCCCUCCACUCCAUCCCAUAAUUUAUUUUUUAUAGAUGGUCCUGGUGGUACUGGAAAAUCAUUUCUAUUAAAUACAAUAUUAUUUAACUUGAGAGCUCAAGGUAAAAUUGCUAUAGCUGUUGCAUCUUCUGGCAUAGCUUCAACUCUUCUUCAUAAUGGCCGUACUGCACAUUCACGUUUCAACAUCCCCUUAAGUAUUCAUGAAAGUUCCUCAUGUAAUAUUCCUUACCAAAGCCAAAUAGCUGAAUUGAUAAGACAAUCGGUAAUUAUAAUAUGGGACGAAAUAUCAAUGACUCAUAAACAUAUAUUCGAGGCCGUGGAUAGGUCAUUUCAGGAUAUAAUGAAAUUAGACAAACCGUUUGGUGGUAAAAUUAUUAUUUUUGGCGGAGAUUUUAGACAGAUUUUACCUGUUAUUAAACGUGGUGGAAGAUGCGACAUUGUUAACUCAACCUUAAAACGAUCCUAUUUAUGGUCACAUAUAGUGCCAUUAAGGUUAUGUAUUAAUAUGAGACUUCUACAAUUUCAGGAAGCAAAUGAUUAUUUUAUUAAUAAUGAAUACUCAAAAUUUCUUUUAAGAGUUGGUGAAGGCUGUGAAAUAAAAAUUCCUCAAGAUUGUUGUAUAGCUUCCAAUGAUAUCGAGGAUCUUAUUGCUUUUGUUUACGAUAUAGACAAAGACAAUUCAUCAUUUAACCGAACAUCAUUUGCUCAAAAUGCAAUCCUGACUCCUAAAAACGUAGAUGUCGAUUCUAUAAAUAUUAAAUUGAUUAACAAAAUUCCGGGAGAUAUAAUUACAUACAUAAGGGCUGAUGAAACCAUAACCGAGGAUGAAGCGACGUUUUAUCCCACUGAAUUUUUAAACUCUUUAAGUAUAUCAGGAUUACCACCUCACAAACUUUUACUCAAAGUCGGGGUACCUAUAAUAUUAAUGCGUAACUUAAAUUCUGCUUCUGGUUUGAAUAAUGGGACUAAAUUGAUUAUAACUUCUUUGCUACCAAAUAUAAUUGAGGCGGAAUUUCUUUCUGGUAGUUUUCUCAGUACUAAAGUUCUCAUUCCUAGAAUAAGUUUAAUUCCUACAGAUUCUGGCUUGCCAUUUUCCUUUAAGCGCUGCCAAUUUCCCGUGAGACCUGCUUUUGUCAUGACAAUUAAUAAAGCUCAGGGACAAACGUUGAACAAAGUUGGCAUCUAUUUACCUCAUCCUGUUUUUUCACAUGGACAGCUAUAUGUGGCUAUGUCUCAAGUUUGUUCUCCUCAUAAAUUAAAGAUUAUAACCAAUGAUAAAACAAAGACUACUACCAAUGUGGUAUAUCAUGAGGUUAUAUCCGAUUAA